AAUGAGCUCUGACACUUUUGAUAUCUUACGCAUUGUGUUGGUGGUUGUGGUGGCUGUGGUGCGAUUGAGCAUGAUGCCCUACUAUCUUCAGUCUUACCUCAACAUUGCUUAUGAAAAGAUUGAGGCCCAGAAGAAAGAGUCUGGACGUAUCACUAACAAAGAAUUGCAGAAAAAAGUUGCACGGGUGUUUUACUACUUGUGCGUUGUUACCUUGCAAUAUGUAGCACCAAUAGUCCUCUGCUUCUUUGUCUCCCUUAUGUUUAAGACUCUUGGUGGACUUAGAUGGGAAGCAUUGCUUGGUAAAGCAGUUGCUGCAGGGAAGUGUGGUCUGGAGUCUGAAGUAGAAGGAGAAGAGAUGGCUACCAUACCAACUCUCCAAGAUGCCCAGUCAGUAAUGGAAGCAACCAAAAUCCUUUCACUGGGAAUGGAAGAACUCAAAAAG